CCUAAACAUAGAGUUAUGGAAGAAGAAGAAGCCAGCGUACGUAAAAAUAGCUCAGGAUAUGCGUGCAGAGGGAUUUUUUUUUUCGCACCUGAAAAGCUAGAAAAGAAGAAGAGGGGGUUGGAUGCCCAGUACUGCUUUUAUAAAAAGCAGAGUGAUGCUGAGAAGAACAAAUGGCCUUACUUUGAGGCUAUGCAUCAUUUGGCAUCCAACAAGUGGCCAAUAGGUUUUAAAUCUGUGUCCAAAUUCAAUAACAAAAUUAAUGACUCUGCUGAUACACUCUCUGAUGAAGGUGCUGUGGGGGGGAGCAAUGGUGGCAAAGAAUUCCCUUGUGAUAUCUAUUCGGAAGAAACUGCUGCUGCAACCAACAUUCUCGAGAAUGAGGAAGAAACUGCUGCUGCAACCAACAUUCUCGAGAAUGAGGAACAAUUGGGAAAAGUUUGGGGGACAUUGGAGUCUGACAAGGCUCUCCUUGAAGAGGUUCACGAAGCUAAGGAGUUUUUUGUCAACAGACCUCUUCUGAAAAACACUGAAUUGUUUGCACAUGUUGCUAUGAAGCUUGGUGACAGGGGUUAUUUCAUUGAUCAGGAGAAGGCCCACACCAGAUAUAAAGGAAUAAUUUUAAGGUUUAAUGAAGAGAGUGAUAAAAUUAAUGAUACUGGGGGAGCGGGAUGUAAAUGGCCCCUUUUUGACAUGGUCUAUGAACUUGAGAAGGAUAGUGUGACAACCAAAGCCAAAGUCACUAUUUCUGCUGGUGCUAAAGCAAAUAUUACCAGAGCAUCUCAAUGUGUUGAAAAUUUAAAAGCAGGCAGGAAGAGAGCGCCGACAGACAACAGACAACUCAGAUUGAAGAAAGUAAUGGGCGGAGAUGUUACAGGUCCACCCAAAGCCAAUCCCUUAGCUUUGAAGUAGAGGGCCCUUGCUAUUGCUGAGCGCAAACUCCAACAGGACAUGCUGUUCUUAGACGCAUUCAAUGGAUACCGGGAGGAUGCCAAACAGAGAGCAGGAGCAUUUAAAGAAGGGUUGCAGAUUCUCAGGGAGAUGAAAGAGUCAUCAAUAAGAGACCCAAAUAACAAUUAAGUUGGUCUCAUUUGCCA